AUGAAGCGACGCAUGCAACUCAUCGCCGUUUGGCUGGGCCUUUUGGCCGCAGCCACCUAUGCACAGACGCAGCAGGAGUCCUCUGCCAAAUGGUCGCGACAGCUGGAGUCUGUUGCCACCGGGGAUUCGGACGCGUUGGACUGGGUGCCGCUGGCACAGCCACUGGAUGACAGCGGCAAGGAUCGCUCUGGCAAUGGACGCGUGCUCACCUACUCGCAGUCCUUUCCGCCCAGUGCGCGUUUCGGCGAUCUAGGCAAGCCAACUGGUGGGCAGUUUGAUUUUCCGUAUCAGUUCCAGCGUUUUUCCAAUGGCGGACCACAGGCGCUGCCCUUGCGUCACCAGGGCCCACCGCCGCUAAAGAGCAGCGCCGGGCAGGAGCCCACAUCGCAGUCGUUCUUCAAGUUCGAGAUGCCCUUCCACAACGAGGCCAAUCAGCCGAAUGCGCCGCCCACUCUGCAGACGGGCUAUCAGAUACAGCAUUCCUUUGGAGGCGGCGGCGGUCUGCCCGCACCCUCCUCGCUGUUCAGUCCACCCGCGCUCUUUGGCCAGCAGCAGCAGCAGCAGUUCCCCGACUUCCAAGCACUGCCACAAAAACCACUCGCCCAGGCGCUGAGCAAGCCCCUGCAUCAGCAGAACUAUAUACAGGAUAAUUUCUCCAUUAAAUCCCAUGGCAAGCCCUUGCCCACACAGGCUUCUCUGCAGAGCGUCACACCGCAAGUGUUUCCCGUGGAUCCCGAGCCGGAAUCGGUAUUUGGUUUAAACAAACAGGCUGCUCCUUCGUCUGCCUCCUCCGCUAACAAUCAACAGCAGGAGGUGCAGCUGCUCUAUGUGCCCUAUGACACGCUCUACAAUCAGCAGCGUCAGCCUCAGGGCUCUUCGAGCCUCGGUUCGAGCAGCUUUGAGGUGAACAAGUUCAAUGUAAAUGCUGGACUGCCCGCCGUCAAUCCCUAUCAGAUCAAUCAGUUCUACACCCAAGAUCCGAGCGUAGGCAGCGACUUCUUUGGUUCCGGCACCACCGCACGACCCAGCAGCACCACCUCACAGCCGCAGCACAUCUUCCAGAGCUUUGCACAGCCACAAGCACAGGCGCAGGCGCAGUCUCAGCCUCAAUUCACCACGGCUAAGCCCAAGCCGAAGGCCCAUCAGCCCCCGCUGGCCAUGUUCCUGUUGCGUCCCAACGCACGGCCCACACAGUCGGAUGUGGUUGCCGCCCUGCGCAAUGCCCGCGCCAUUUCGGUCAUCGAUGCGCCCACUAAGCAGACGCCGGAUAUUUUUGUUGGACCUGCCGGCAUGCCCAUACCCGACGGCUAUGUCAAGUUUGAUCUGCCCUAUCUGUCGCAGCUGGCGCACUCCCGCGACCUCCAGGAUGUCUCCUUCUUCGUGGCUCCGCUCAGCUACCGCACGCCCAAUGGAUUCAAUAAAAUCCUGCUGCCCGAGCCACAUGUGGGCUCAAUUGUGAUCAAUCGCGCCAAGGACAGCGCUGCCAUACAGGAGCUCGUCCAGCCGCAGCACGUGCGUACGCAGCGUCCUUAUACCACCACCAGCAGCACGCGCAAUCCCUUUGAGACUUCCACCCAGCCGCAGAGAGCCGCCGCCAGUCCGGCACCCACGCGCGGCAACAAGUUCAGCUACUACUACGUGCAGGAUGGCAUACAGGAGGUCAGCUCGCCCAAGCAGCCCGCCAAGCAGGAGCGGCACAAGAAGAAGCGACCACAGCAUGCGCCCGUGGAGCAGCCCGUUUACCGUGCGCCAGCGAAGACGCCAAAUCCCUUCGACACACUGAAUCAAAUCGGAGGCGAGGACUUCUUCAACACGCUCAGCAGCAAGCCCAGCACCUCAACAACUAGCUCCACUUCCACCAGCACGUCAACCACAUCGACUACUUCAACUACAGCCCCGCCACAGACGUUGUUCACCUACGGCUCCAGGCCGCAGGUCGAGUUCCCCAGCUCGAAUGGUCAACUUUAUCCUCAAUUCGACACGGCACCACAGCUGCAGCCGGUGCAGGAGCAGCUGCCACGCCUCACAACACGUCCGCCCACUGCAACGACAGCGGAGGAGGAGCUGCGCAUGAAGCAGUACUUCCGCCAGCAGGACGCCUUCCGUCAGCGCCCGCAAACCACCAAUCCACCCUUCGAGCAGGUGCAGUACACGCCCACUACCCUGGACUAUGACGUACCACAGCCCACAACGACGCAGAAGACCAAACAACGGGUGAACAUAUACACGCCAGGUGCAGUGCCCGUGACAACCUCCGAUGUGGGCUACAAUGUGGAUCCACAGGGCCAGCCACCGCUCAACCACCGUCCCAGCUACAAUCAGAACGAGGUCAUCGACAGCGGCAAUGUGGAGUACGAACCGAAUCCCUACCACGUGCCAUCCGAACUGCCAGCGCUGACGCCCGAUAUUCCUGGUCUGGUCAACAAUCUGCAGGAGAAGGACAAGCUGGCUGCCACCACAACACCGCUUAGCGAGCCGGAGCCGGAGACGCGUCCCACACGUCGACCGUUGCUGCGCACGCGUAAGCCUGCCAUCUCCAAGGUAGUGACCACCUCGUCGGUGUCCUACUCCGAGUCCGAGACCAAUGCCAAGCUGCCUACGCAUCGCAUCAGACGCCCCUAUGGCAGCAGAGGCACCUCAGCAGCCGCCACAGGCAGCACAGACAAUGGCGAAGAGGUGAACAGCACAACACGUCGUCCGGCCAGUUCACGUAAUCCUCUGCUGCGCAAUCCCAAUCGCAUACGCUACCAACCCACGACAGAGGAGCGUCAAACGCUGAAGACCAAGAAGAAGCACUACAAGGGCUCCAAGAAUGGCAAGCCAAGUGAGGAUCAGGAUUUGGAAUAUCAGCGCGAUGUGCUGAAGCAAAACUAUCCAGUGUUCAAGGCGCCUUCUCGCCGUCCCACCAGUCCCACGGCCAUACCCAGCUCCUAUGAUGUGGGCAACACCGAGGGACCGGCCUCCGAGUCGCAGCAGGUGUACACGGUCACGCCCAGCAAUAGCAUUGAUCAAGGAGAUCAGGGCGUCUAUGUGCCCAGCCUGCUGGAGCCCAUGCAGAUAGCCCAGCACUACAACGAGUUCUCCAAGGAUAACUAUGGACCCGGCUAUUUCCCUAAUCAGGAGGAUCUGAAUCCCACGGAGGCCAUAGUGCGCAACGAAGUGAGCCCCAUCUUUACCACACUGGCCACGACCACACCCUCCACCACCAGCACAACCACCACCACCACCACCACUGAGGCGCCUGUGACGACAACCACGCGCCGCUCUCCCUUCAUACGCCGCAAUUAUCCAAGGGUGCGCACCACCACAACCACUGAGCCGUCUGUGACCACCACCACGCCCUCGGAGGAGCGCCCAUCUAUUCGCUCUCGCCUGCCGCCACGUCGCGUAGUCAAGGUGCGUCAACGCCAGCGUCGUCCAGCACAUCCAGCCUCCUCUACCGCUGCCCCGGAGGAGGAAGUGGAGCAAGUUACCCAGAGGCAGAAUCUGCGCAAGCUCAGCCGUUACAAUCAGGAACAGUCUGAGAGGGAGGCUCCUCAGGCGCCACCUCGUCGUCGUUACAAGCAGCCCUUCCAGCUGGAGGGCCAGGAGUCCCAGUGGUCACCAGCUUCGGAAACAGGCAACAGCAAUACCAACAGCAACAGCUUCAAGCCUCUCAAUCCCAAAUAUGGCUCCAAGAACGAAGCACACAAUUUCGAGAAUGAGCCGGAGAUUGUGACGGCGGGACCCACAGAUCAACCGGAAACCUACGAGUUCAACGUAGCUGCCAAUCUCGGUGGAUCUGGAGCUGCACAGCGUACGACGCCCGCGCUAAAGGCGCCGAACCUAAAACCUGAGAAAUCCUUUGCGGAACUCCUAGAGGAGGUCAUGGGCAAGGCACCCGAGGAGCUGGCCACCGAGACACCCACAAGCAGCACCAUUGGACGCCUCAAUAGGCGUGGCAAGUGGAAAAAGUCGCGCGUCUCAGGCGGCUCAGAUAAUGGGGAGAAUUUCGAAACAGCCGAAUCCCAGAACCUGGGACCACAGCUCUACAAUUCGUUGUAUGCCGGCAGUGAGAAGAAAGAGGAGCCGGAGCUAAAGACUACAACACCAAUGACACCAGCUACCGAGGCUCCAACGACCACCACCUCUGAAGUGGUAACCACUACAGCGGCAGCCAUCACAACGCCGGAGGAGUACGAGGUGACCACCGCCAAGAGUUCCGAUGCAACAACAAUAGCCACAACGCUGGCCAUGAGCGAGGAGAGCGCCACGCGCCGCAUGGACACGGCUGCGGACGUGGAUGACCUGGAGACGCAGCCGAGCAUCUUCUCCGAGGUGCGGCAACAGCUGCACGAUCUCUUCGCCAUCGAUGAGAGCGAGGAUCAAGCAGUGACCGCUGCGCUGGCAGCCGUUGGCAAACGUCGCCAGGCAUACACGAGCAUCAAGCGCACCAAGCCAGCCACGCCCGCCGAGAGCAGCACGCUAGCGGCCACAGAGGCGCCGGCCGAGGUGCUGGACACCACCACAGUGGCGACGCCUGCCAACGGCAAGGAGGAUAACUUUCACAAGGACCUGAUGGAGCACGUGGUCUAUGCGACGUCCACCUCAACCAAAGUUACCUCCGAGACAGAGAUCUGCUAUCGCGGCCGUUGCAUACGCUCCGAGGAUCUGCCCGCCAACCACAAGCUGCACUGAGCGCCGCCACAUCAGGGCACUCCCCAUGUAAAUACAUAAGGACAAGCGA